AUGGCAAGUCAAUCUGCAUAUAAAGACUCGAGCGACUGUCCAGGCAAUUUAAAAUGGAAUACAAAAGGAAUAACAAUUCUUGGCAAUGAUAAAAAACAUGGUAUACGUCGAGAUCAAUUAACAUUUCCUGAAGGUUUAUUUAUUGACUCGAAAACACAAAUUUUAUAUGUUGCUGAUGCUGGUAAUAACUAUGUGCUUAAACGUUAUCCAAAUGGUGAAAUCAAGAUAGCUGCUGGUCAGUCUAAUGGUGCAAGUGGAUCAACAUCAAAUAAAUUAAAUGCUCCAAUAGAUGUUUUUGCAGAUGAAGAUGAAAAUGUUUAUGUUGCUGAUUGGAAUAAUCAACGUAUUCAAUUGUGGGCGAAAGAUGCGAAACAUGGACAAACAGUUGCCGGAAAUGGAACUCGUGGUACUUUAUUAAAUGAAUUUGGUUAUCCAAGUAGAGUUUUAGUUGAUUCAAAGAAAAAUAUAAUUGUUGCCGAUUGGCAAAAUGAACGUAUAACAAAAUGGCCACCUACAUAUGAUCCAAAACAAACUACUGGUACAAUUAUAGCAGGUGGUAAUGGUGCAGGUCUCAGUCCAACUCAAUUAUAUAGUCCAACUGGUUUAUAUCUCGACGAACCAAAUAAUAUCUUAUAUAUAACAAAUGAACAAGCUCAUUCAGUAACACAAUGGAAUAUGGAUACUUAUGGUACUAAAUCUGUAUAUGCUGGUAUUCCUGGAAGACCUGGUAAUAGUCCAGUUCAAUUACAAAGUCCUGAAGGUAUAACUCUUGAUAAAUAUGGUAAUCUAUAUGUCACUGAUUGUCAAAACCAUCGAAUACAAAUGUUUUGUCCAAAUUCUGUAUUUGGCAUUACCGUUGCUGGAACUGGCCAAAUGGGUAAUGGAAGUAAUGAAUUAUAUUUUCCUCGUGAUGUUGCCUUGGAUGCAGAUAUGAAUUUAUAUGUUACAGAUACAUAUAAUAAACGUAUACAAAAAUUUGAAAUAAUACAUUAG